CGAUCUACCUCAACCUCACAGCUGCAUAUGCUCCAAUCGCAGUCUCCUGAGAAUGCAAGUUAAAAUGGCCUAUGACUUCACGCCUGAGCAAUUGGCUGGGAUGCUAGAGUUCAUCGAAGAAUCUCUAGAAGCCGAGCUCUGGGAGAUCCCUAAGAUGAAUUUGCUGCUAUUGACUUUGAUGCGGGCCUUUGACCCAUCCCCAACUUACAGACCGAUGUCUGUUCACCUUCAGGCCCGCUCUCGCCUGCAGAUACGCACCAACGACCUGAACUGUCCCGAUCCGCUCCUCCAAAUGGCCAAAGCUGCUGAAUUGAUUCAUCCUGGACGUUCGGACACGAUUGUCACGCUUUGCAUGCCGACCAACAUCCAGCAAUUCUUCGAUGCUUCCUACGAUACACGCAACCUGGAAGAGAUAUGGAAGAAGGCAAUCCGAAGAAACGCCAAGGUAACUGGUACCAAGAUGCUCGGCCGAGCUAUCAACGUAGCCAUGUUCUAUCUCCGAAAGGAGCUCGCUUCCCCAACCUUCGUCGAGAAUCUUAAGACCAUGACUGACCAUGAGCUUAUCGAACACUUCGCUGAUAUGCUCGACAAGGAGGACAUUGGGUACAUCUACAGCGAAGCAUGGAAGGCAAUGUCAAUGAUCUACGUAUGGCAUGACGGCGAGCGACCAGAUGCUGCUGAUCUGACUGCGGUUCCGCCACGAGCCACACAUGGGCCUGAAGAAUCCAUCCGUCGGGACCUACGUCUAUACACCAAGUUGGGAGCAGGAAUACUCAUUCGGCAUGUUCUUGUUGAUGUUGUGAUGAAGUCUGUCAAUGAUGAAGAUAUCACACCAUCUUCGUCAACCGCUGGCUAGCAACCUACUACUGUUAAGACGACUGAGGAACUCUUCAAGGAAGGUCAUGCGAGAAUGAAGCGUGCUUGUACCAUGCUCCCAUCUGUACCCGA